ACUAGACCACCUGUUCUUAUUCUGUGUGGUUCAACACAAAACAAAGACAAAUCACUCACGGUCACACUUCACUCUUACCUCUACCUCUCUCCUCAACCACGGCAAAUGGCGGCCGCUAGAGUGAUGGCAGCAGCUGCCGCAACCAACGCAACGACGUCGUGUGGCCUUCUCCUUAAACGACCAUUCGUUUUGAACCAAAAGCCUUUCUUCAAUGGCGUCGGUUUCUGCUUUAAUGGCAAAAGACAAUUACCGUUGUUCUCCUCUUCAAAAAGAUCGGUUUUGACUUGUACUGCUAUACAUAACCCUGAUGUUAAAAUCAAAGAGGAAGGCCAGCCUGAGACCCUCGAUUACCGUGUGUUCUUCCUUGACAACUCUGGGAAAAAGGUUUCUCCUUGGCAUGACAUACCGUUGCACUUGGGCGAUGGUGCGUUCAACUUUGUUGUUGAAAUUCCCAAAGAAUCAAGUGCAAAGAUGGAGGUUGCUACUGAUGAGCAAUUCACUCCUAUCAAGCAGGACACAAAAAAGGGAAAACUUAGAUAUUACCCCUAUAACAUAAACUGGAACUAUGGAUUGCUUCCACAAACAUGGGAAGAUCCAUCUUUUGCAAACCAUGAAGUUGAAGGGGCAUUCGGAGAUAAUGACCCAGUUGAUGUUGUUGAGAUUGGUGAAAGACGGGCAAAGAUUGGUGAAAUUCUAAAGGUGAAGCCCCUGGCUGCUUUAGCCAUGAUUGAUGAGGGUGAACUUGACUGGAAAAUUGUCGCAAUCUCAUUGGACGAUCCACGAGCUUCUUUUGUAAACGAUGUUGAUGAUGUGGAGAAACAUUUCCCGGGAACUCUGACUGCAAUCAGGGACUGGUUUAGAGACUACAAGAUCCCUGAUGGUAAGCCUGCUAACAAAUUUGGUCUUGGGAACAAGGCAGCAAACAAGGAUUAUGCUCUGAAGGUUAUCACCGAAACAAAUGAGUCUUGGGCUAAACUAGUCAAGAGAACAAUUCCUGCUGGAGAGCUCUCACUUUUAUAAAUGCCUCGAACAGAGUUGGAGCUUGAAGUAGCAGUUGCUUUGGUUGUCGCUUGCCAGAGUUUUGCUUUCUGGCAAGCCAGUCCUAGUUAUCAACACUUUUUUUCCCAUUGAGUUUGAAUAAUCCAUUGUUUCCAUGUUUCAUAUGAUGAAAUCACUACAUUCCAGGUUGAUUCUAAUGCAUUUCCAUUUUCUAGUGCUUUUCUUGGUUCAA